AAACGGAAAAGGAACUUUGCUUUUAUUUUAAUUGUGUUUUGUUUUUGAUACGUUCGAGUUCAGUUGAAGUCUGAUAGUUGCUAAUAAAACAUAUUACGUUAGUUACGAAGACAGUGAAAUAUAAUUAUCGCGUUCGGUAUUGUCGGAAUUUUCCUAUUCGAAGGAAAAACUCAAAAAAGUCUCUUUUAUGCAGCUUGCAGUGCAUAUCUAGCUGAGACUUGGCUUUUAUUUAAUUUUUUAAUAGAUUGACUCGUUGAUCGAUCGCAAUGGAACAGCAAGAGGAGGUCCUGAUGCACGUGGCCAAGGUGGUCAGGGCACUGAUCACGUCCGCAAAGCCGCCGGUCGAUCUGCGGUCCAUCGUUAAGGAUUACAUGGACGUCGAAGGUGAGCCGAUGCCCUUUCGCCGGAUGGGCUACUCGAGUCCCCAAGAACUGCUCCAAGAUACGGAGGAGUUCAACUUUAACUGCUACGGCAAUCAGGUCUUCAUCACAGCGAAGUAUAACGCCAAAACAGAACACAUUGCGCGUAUGGUACGCCAGCAGAAGUCCAGCAAGUCCAAAUCAAUAUCGAAGCCCACGCCAGCUGCCCAGCGAGCACUAAGUCAGAAGACCAACUACGGCUCUAACUUCAAUAACAAUCAUCACCAAAAUAAGCAGCAGAAUUAUCAGCAGCCGCAGGAACGGUAUUGUCAGAAACAGCCGCAGUACUGGCAGCCCAAUUACUUCCAGCAGCAGCAGCAGGCACAGCAGCUACAGCAGCAGUACUAUCAACAAACCCAGCAGCAGACCCAGCAGCAGUACCAACAACAACGGGCACGUAAGGAUACCAAUUGGAACCGGCAGAAGGAAGAGGAGCAGCGUCGGAAAAAGGAACUUGAGCUGCAGGAGCAGGCUAAACGGAAUAAAGAAAUAAAGGAAGCAGCUGAGCGCGUUAAGCAGGCGAAAGCCAAGCAAGAACGAGAUCUAAAGGAUAUCAUAGAACAAGAACUGAAGGCUAAGAUCAAACAGAUUGAAGAAGAGUUUUCAGAACAGCUGCAGACUAUUAAGAAGAAUCAGGAACAGGAGCUCAAUAGGCUGAGAAAAGAGCUUAAGGAACAAGAUCAAGCUCAAAGAACGAAGGAAGUCGAAGAACAGACGCGCGUAGAGAAAGAUAACCGCGAUCAGGAGGCUCAGGAGGUUACCAUGCGAGCUGCAAAGUUGGAUCAGGAAAAGAUCCUUGUAACAAUUGCCAACAACAAGGCACCAGCCAUGAAUGGACACGGUGCAAACCACGUUAAGGCUAACGGACAAGCCAAAUACAAUGACGGCAAACCUCCGCUGCGCGCAAUACUAGGCAACAGUGCUUCGCAGCGCCAGCAAGAUACGAGCAGCGUAUUCCAUACCCCUGAAUCCACAUUCAAACGGCCGCUUCAUCCGCGAGUAAUGCACCCUGGUCAGCAACGCUCCACGGGCGUCUCUGUGAAUCACCGACUGAAAGUAACGCCGCAAUCGGAUGCAAUCGCGCCAGCGGGAGCGCCCAUUACUCCGCCAGCUUCGCCAGAAAAUGCUCAAACAACAGCCGCUGCUAAAGCGCCGUACAAGGAAGAUAUCCUUCGAGUGCAAGGAGGUCAGGUUCAAACAGGCAAAGUCGUUAACAAGCCAAAAGCGAAGGUGCCACUUAAAUUCGAUCCCUCCUUCGACCCCGUAUCCACGCUCAACCACUAUUGCGAGGCAAAUGACUUUGAGAAACCUGCGUACAACAUAUUCAACAAGCCGCCACACCUUCACUGUUCCGUGCGGAUCGCUGGCGAUGUGUACAGUAGCUAUCCGCAAGAGUUCACUGAUAGGGAGACUGCGUGCCAGCGCACAGCACAAAUCGCCAUCCAGCGUAUCCAGCAUGCCGAGUCCCACCUAAAGCGCUCUGCCUGCACUUUUAACGAUGCGGAGUUUAUCGACGGAUUGUACAAGGAGCUGUUGAAAUACCCACAUGGCAUAUUGGGUCACAAGCUGGAGGAUUGGUACGGCAGCACCUUCCGGCAACACCUGCCCAGUCACUGGUACGAUUUGAUCAUCGAGUCGAAUAAAAUUCGCGUUGAGCACGGCAUUGAUCCAAGGAUCAUAUUGUUUGCCAACGAUCCUGGGUCAUCGGAGCCGGUCCGCAUCAGCACGAACACCCUGCCACAGCUGAUACUGCCAUGGCAGUCAAGCGAAGGAGGAUCGCACGACUGGAACAUGUUCAUCAGCUACUGCGACUCCACCAAGCGAGUGUGGGCUCGAAUGAUCGAUCAGAUCGCAAACUUUGAGGAACUGACGAAGCAUAUGGGACGACAAAUGGAGUCUCCGCUUUUCCGACAAAAAGUAUGUAAGCCUCAUGUUCAGGAAGUCUAUCUGGUGGAGAUUCCCGAUGGCUGGAAUCGUGUGCGUGUGAUUUCCGUCGAUGAGGAGAACUGUUCGUGUCGUUGUCACUUUGUGGACUUUGGCGAUGUGGCAACGUUUCACUUUGAAGAUUUGUUCCAGUGUCCACCACAAUUCUUGGUCCUCCCGGCCCAGGCCGUGUGCCUCAGCAUGUACGCCUUGGAUAAGUUUGAGGAUCAUCCGCACGCUCAGCAGGUGUUAACGAAGGAGCUGGAUGGCCAGACGGUUGUCGCCCAUGUGCUCACCACCGAGAAGAAGUUCUUGGAACUGGGUGGAGCCGCUCAGGGAGUGGUGGAGAACGGUAAUCGGCGGGCGUGCUUGGUGGCCACGCUGUAUGAUACCUCCACGGCUGAGGACAUUCAUUUAAACGAUUUGGUUGCGAGCAGGAUAACCAAGUGCACACCGGCACCAUCGCUAAGUGACGAAAAGAAGAUCGGCAAGACCACUCCUAUUCUUGUGUCUCACAUCAACGAUGAUGGUGAUCUAAUGGUGCUGCUCCGCAAUGAUGACUUUAAGUUUGUGGAGCGCAGUAUUGCGCAAACUGUGGCUGAUUUGGGCGCGCAGGACCGUGUUACUUAUUCCGACCUGCUCCACGACCGCCAUAUUUUUGUGUGCGACGAGUCUGUCGAUGGCGUGAAGCAGUGGUUCCGCGGUCGGUUGGUCACCAGACCACUCAAUCCGGAGGAAGAGACUUUCGAUGUCUACUACGUGGACGAUGGACGGCAGCGUAAGACGCACAUCUCUAAUAUCUACCGCCUGGAGGCCAACAACAGAGCUCUGGCUACAUUCCCGCCACAGGCCAUUCCUGUUCGCCUGCACGACGUUCCAGCGAUCGCGGGUCAGAUGCUGGGUCGCCUGCGAGGUCUGAUACCAUCGCGCACCGAAGCUCUGCUAAAGGUUGUGGCCAAGGAUGGUGCAAAGCCUUUGGUAAACGUAUUCAUCCGUGAGGACCCGGAGUCCAUGUACAUGUGCGUGAAUAUAGGCCUUCGCCUGGAAUUUGAGAUGGCUAGCUCCAUUCAUCCGGAGAAGUAUGAUCAUACGCUUCAGAGCUCCAAUGUCCAGCUGCCCAGACGCGGUAGCUUCAGCUCCGUGCUCUCCAGUCAGAGCAGCAGCAGCGACCUUGUCGCUACCACACCCCCGGUGACGCCACAAAAGACACCAUCCGCCAGAUCGGGAGCCAGCACCUUCUCGUCGCUCAUGCUCAAGGAUUAUGAGGCUAUUCCGGCUGUGGGUGCCUACUUCGAGGUGCGCGUUGCCCUCUCCAUCAAUCCUGGUCACUUUGCGGUUCAACCCUAUAAAUGCUAUAACCAGCUGCAGACUUUGAUGAAGGAUUUACAAGAGCAUUGCCAAGAACCUGCAGCCAAGGGAGUCCAGCCCUCACAACUGGCCAUUGGAGAGGCCUACGCUGCUCCUGACUCCGAAGGCGUGUACCAUCGCGUAAGUAUUCACAAGAUUUACGAUGAGAUUAUACACGUGCGUUUCGUCGACGUGGGCGACGAUGGAGUAAUUGCCUGUGAUCAACUGAAAACCCUAAAUCCAGAGUUACGAAAGCUGCCCAAGAUGGCACUGCCAGCACAACUAUAUGGCAUACAACUGACUGAUGUAGUUUGGAGCAAGGAAAACUGCGUUCGUUUCCGCCAACUGUCGCUGGGUCAGAAGUUUAUUGGAAUUGUGCGGCGCAUGACCAAGCAAAAGGAUGGCGCACGGGCGCUGUGCCUGGAGCUGGUGGAUACCUCCACGCCGAAAGAUAUUAAGCUGCACGAGAUUCUCAUCAACGAGAAGCACGCACAGCCAGAAACAAAGGAAGUCUGAGUCGGAGGAGACGAUCCAUUUGAAUUUGUUCAUGUUUAUGUUUGCUUAAUCAUAGUAUUAGAAUUAGGGAUAUAUAACUUAUUACGACGACACAUUCCGCCACAUGGAACCGAUAAUAGCCAAUAAACUGCGGGUUUUUCUAUCGAGA